AUGACUUCUGUUAUUGGCGCCAAAUUCUUCCCAGUUCAGUGAAUUGAGUUUCCAAAUACAACACCACAACAGCGAGUGGGAUUCAGGAUGGCAGAUGCUGAUAAGAGUUUCACCACCAAAAAACGAGAAGAUUAUCUUCAGUGGCCUGAAUACUUUAUGGCAGUGGCGUUUCUUUCGGCACAAAGGAGCAAAGACCCAAGCUCACAGGUUGGAGCAUGUAUUGUGAACCAAGACAAUAAGAUAGUGGGCAUUGGCUACAAUGGCAUGCCUAAUGGCUGUGAUGAUGAUGAACUGCCAUGGGCACGAAGAGCCAGUGACAGGCUGGACACGAAAUACCCUUAUGUGUGCCAUGCAGAACUCAAUGCAAUCAUGAACAAGAACAGCGCUGAUGUGAAGGGCUGCACCAUGUAUGUGGCACUGUUCCCCUGCAACGAGUGUGCCAAACUUAUCAUCCAGGCUGGUCUAAAGGAGGUGGUUUACUUGUCGGAUAAGUACCAUGACACACCAGAGAUGACUGCCUCAAGAAGACUGCUUAACCUGGCUGGAAUUGAGUACAGGCAAUUCACACCCAGGAGAGCUAAGAUUGUGAUUGAUUUCAAUUCAAUUAACCAGGCUGGAACAAGUUAAGUCCCAAUCCCUCAACCUGCUUGAGCUGCUGCAGAGAAAAUAUCAAAGUCUGUCUUCCCUCCUGUCCUCUUCGUCAUCACCAGGGAACUCAAGAUUCAUCAUUUAAGACUUGUUACUUUUUCUCUCUCUCAGAAGUUGUGGAUAUCCUGCAGAUUCCCUGAGUCAAUUUUACUACUGGAAUAAGGUUUUAUAGUUAGUUUUUAAUUUGUUUCAUUUCAUUGCUUUAUGAUUGAUAAGGGUCAAAAUGUACUUUUUGGCAGGAUGUCAUGUUAAAUUUAAAGGGCUUCAACUUUUAUCUUUCAUCGCUCUCCUAUUUAUCUGCUGCUAUCAGGCUGUUGACUAUUUUUUGCCCCUCUGUAACAUGGCCUUUGGAAUUCCUGGAGCGUUAUUAAAAUGUUUGCACAAAUAUCAUGUUUGUAGGUUUGCAUUAAUGGGAGCAGGUAGCUAAGUUGAGUUUUUAACUGACGUUGUUUGAAACAACAACUAAAAACUGGUGUGUUUAUACCUUUUUGCAUAUUUACUUGUAAACAUUGAGACAUUGUCUUCUUAAUGCAUAAAAAUGUGACGUUUGUUGUACUCCAUUCAAGAUUCUUGA